AUGGCACCAGCGCGAGUGCUCCCUCUUCCCACAGCCAUAGUCGUCCGCGAUGCGCGCUCCGACGCCGUACUCGCGCAGUUCCUAGGCGGCAAGCCGGCCGGCGAGUUAUGCGACGCGCUGGAGCGACUCACGGGGUCGCCGGGCUGUCUCGUGCUCGGGGACAAGGCGUCCCAAGGCGCACCGCUCGUACUGACUGAAUCGGAUGUGAUACAAUCGGGGACGUACCACUGGCGAGUGGCUAUAACGAGAUCUUCCUCUCACCCCACCACCCAGCCGCACACCCCCCGUACAAUCACACCCGCCACCGCCACCAUGAUUGGUCCGCGCAACUCGCGGCGUCCAUACUCGCUAUACUCAUCCUCGGUAGCGGUAUCCAGCUGCUCAUCAUGCUCGCAGCCCUCCCCUUCUGCAGUUACCGCUGGUCCUGCGCCUUUUCCCACUACCGCUCGUUCAUCUCCUUUAUAG